CAGCUCCCUCAGGGCUGUCCGCGCGCCGCCUGUCUCCCUGACAACACCUCUCAAUCCUCUGAUUAAUUUCUUAUCACCUGUUUGUGUUUGACAUCGCUGUUAGCUCCUCCCAUCUGCCUAUACCUGUCCAGGUGUCCUUCAUUUACUGUUUUUAUUGAUCUUAAAGUGAACUCGCGCGGAGAGUUGUCGCGAGAAUCAGGUGAGUCGGAAGUGAAGUGAAGAAGGAAGAGAGCCUCCCGCAGCUCACCUGUCCGCAGGUAAACAACCAGAGGAAAACAAGAAAAAGAACAAAAAGAAACAGAAUGAGUAACCCCAUCCCCUCCAAUCUGAAGUCAGAGGCGAAGAAAGCCGCCAAGAUCCUGAGAGACUUCACCGAAAUCUCCAACAGGAACGGACCGGACAAACUCAUACCCCCUCAUGUGAUAGCGAAGGCGGAGGGUCUGGCCAUCAUCUCCGUCAUCAAGGCCGGCUUCAUGAUCACAGCCAGAGGAGGCAGCGGCAUUGUCAUUGCCAGACUGUCAGACAGACGUUGGUCUGCACCUUCUGCCAUCGGCAUCGCUGGUCUGGGAGGAGGCUUCGAGAUCGGGGUGGAGGUGUCAGACCUGGUGAUCAUCCUGAACCAGCGGAGGGCCAUCGAGGCGUUCACGAAGGGCGGGAACCUGACGCUGGGCGGGAACUGCACCGUCGCCGUGGGACCUUUGGGCAGGAAUGUGGAGGCAGAUGUGGCUCUGCGUAGCCCUGCAGCAGUUUUCACCUACUGCAGGUCCAGAGGUUUGUUUGCUGGUAUUUCGCUGGAGGGAUCGUACCUGAUCGAACGCAAAGAAACCAACCGCAAGUUUUACUCCCAGGACAUCCGUGCGUCAGCCAUUUUGAACGGAGAUGUGGAGCCGCCAUCGGAGUGUUAUGACCUUUACCACAUCCUGGACGCCUACACUGAAGCCUACACCGCAGAAUGGACCAGCAAGAACCUGCGUCCAAAGCCGUCCAGACCUCCAGCUCCUCCUCAGCAGAGAUCAGCAGCCAGCUUCCAGCCUCCUCCAGCUGACUCCAGUGUACGAUCAGGUACAGGAAGUAGGAAUGCCCUCUACCCCAGCAUCUCCGUCUAUAAAUCUGAAACCUCAGGUCAAUUUGCCUCCAGAAACACACAGAGCUACGGUGGUGGGUCAUCAGUGGGCGGGGCCAGCGGGCAGCUGGUUGUCACGGCGACCCAUCCGUUCACGGGGCAGCAGCCUGGCGACCUGAGUUUUGUCCCCGGCGACCGAAUCACUGUCAUCACCAAGACCGAGUCCCAGUAUGACUGGUGGGAGGGACAGCUGGAGGACGGGCGAGUCGGGAUUUUCCCUGCUAACUUCGUCACGUACUGAUGCUGCUGCCCCCGGUGGUCCAUGGAGGAACUGCAGGUUAACAACAGAUUCUACAGGAACCAGGAGAGGUCAAAACACGCAAUACCACAGGUUUUGGGUAAUGUUUUACUGCUGCAACGAUUACUCAAUUAAUGGAUUAGUCAUUUAAAGGAAUAUUUAUCUGCAAAUAUUGUCAUAAUCAAGGAACUGUCACCAUGAUUUCUUCCAAACAAAACCAUCAAAUGUGAGAGAUUGACUUUUAAUGGUUUCAUGUUAUUGUACACUGAAUAUUUUGGGUUUUUUCCGACAAAAAAAAAACAUUUGAUGUCAUCUUUUUGUUCUCUGGAACACUGAUGAUAUUUCUCACUGUUUUCUGAUGUUUUAUGGCUGAACGAUAAAUUGACACUCAAUGAUUAACUUAAUAAGAAGAUUCAUUAAUAGUCAAAAGAAAAAAAAACAGAAAAAUGUCGUUUACACAUUAAUAUUUCAAACUUUCACUGUUACACUUGAGCUGCCAACAAAUUAAGUUCUCCAUGUUCAAUUUUAUAUUUUUUUCUAAUUGCAAACCCUGAACUCAAUCUUAUGAUGCAACAAUUUAAGCAAAUAGACAAAGAAAAUAGUGAUAUUAAUAAUGUCUGAUAUCCGUCUCAGCACUUUGCUCAGCUCUUUUAGAUGUUUGUAUAUUUAUUCAUGUGGAGGUGAUGGAGAAAAAAAAUCUUACACAACAUCUGUUUCCUGUCCUUUCCCUUCAAAAUAAAACAAGAAAUGAGCUAAACAAACAAAAACGUCUUUUAGACUUAGUACCUAAAAUAAAACUGUACUUCCUCCAAAAUAAAAGUACUUUUCAAACCAGAUAAAGGUAGUUUUACUAUGAAAGGACACAGGAUUCAUAUAAAACAGUGUUUAAAGCUUCAGUUCUGGAAUCUGUUACUGUCAUCUUUAAAAUGGGUGGUGUUCAUUAUUCCUUGACACUUAUCUCUGUUUAUAGUUACAUACAUAUAAUGAUGAUUUUUAAAAAAAAAUUUAAGAUGACUGUUUAGUCAGUUUGAUUGAAAUAAUCACAUGGUGCUUUUUGGGAUUAUUUUUACAUAUGAGAGGCUGUAAUGAAGAUUGUAAAUAAAUCAAAUUCAUAAAAAAUGUUGCUUGUA